AGACCUCACAUUUGGUUUCAGUCUGAGCCAGAAUUAGGCUCUGUAAGAUGGUUUCCUUCCAGCCUCACCUUUGGGUUGUGUUCCUGACUGGGGUUAUUCUUGGGGCCUCUGCUGUGGAAACAUUCCUUGCUGCCGUCUAUGAGCAUGCUGUUAUACUUACAGGACCCACCCCAAAACUUGUCUCUCCAGAAGAAGCCCUGAAUUUAAUGAACAGAAAUCUAGACAUCUUAGAGGAAGCCAUCAAAACAGCAGCUGAAAAGGGAGCUCGCAUCAUUGUGGUCUCUGAAGAUGGCAUUUAUGGGUGGGUCUUUACUCGGGAAACAGUUUAUCCUUAUCUUGAGGAUAUACCAGAUCCUGAAGUAAACUGGAUUCCGUGCAAUGAUCCAGAAAGAUUUGGACCUGCACCAGUCCAAAAAAGACUGAGCUGUCUGGCCAGGAACAAUUCAAUCUAUGUAGUUGCCAAUAUGGGUGAUAAGAAGAAUUGCAGUUAUAUAGACCCAAAGUGCCCCUGCGAUGGCCGCUAUCAAUACAACACAAAUGUUGUCUUUGAUUCAGAGGGAAAGCUGGUAGCACGAUACCACAAGUUUAACCUGUUUAAGGGGGAGCAACAAUUUGAUUUCCCUAAAGAGCCUGAACUUGCAACCUUCGAUACUGCCUUUGGAAAAUUUGGCCUCUUCACUUGCUUUGAUAUUCUCUUCCAUGAUCCUGCUGUAACCCUCAUAACCCAGCUCUCUGUGGACACUAUCCUUUUCCCGACAGCCUGGAUGAAUGUCCUCCCACAUUUAACUGCUAUCGAAUUCCAUUCAGCUUGGGCCAUGGGCAUGCGUGCCAAUGUUCUGGCAGCUAAUACUCAUAAUCCUAUCCUCAAUAUGACAGGCAGUGGUAUCUAUACACCAUCCAGAUCGGAAGCCUAUCAUUAUGAUGCAGAAUCAAUGAAUGGGCACCUUUUGGUUGCAGAAAUCUAUUCCCAUCCUUCUCGUUUUCCCACCCCUCUUCCUACUGUUAACUGGAGCUCGUAUGCCACAACUGUUGAAGGGUUUCAUGAGGGCCCUACUUUCUCUGGAUUUAUUUUCCAUGAUGACUUCACCUUAUGUACCCUUGGAAAAGAAGCUGACAAUCUUACUGUGUGCCAGAAAAGUCUCUGCUGCCAUUUAAGCUACAGGAUGAUGAAACAAGAAGAAGGUGAACUUUACGUGCUAGGGGCAUUCGAUGGUCUUCAUGAGGUUGAAGGACAAUAUUACUUACAGAUCUGCACAUUGCUGAAGUGCGGAAGUAUGGACCUUCAAAGUUGCGGCCAGGCAACCAAGACUGCUAAAUCCUCUUUUGACUUUUAUUCUCUCAGUGGCACAUUUGGCACAAACUACGUCUUCCCAGAGGUUUUACUCAGUGGGAUUCGUUUGGCCUCUGGAUUGUUUCAGGUUUUGAAAGAUGGACAACUGGUCAGUCAGAAUGAUACCCCCCAAGAUGUUCUAACUGUGACACUUUUUGGAAGAUGGUAUGAAAAGGAUCCUCCAUGUACACACAUUGACAUGUGUAACCCUAGCACCAAUAGAAUCACAGUUCCCAAUAAGGUUGAAUCCACUAUUCAACAAAUCAGUUGCUUGAUACUUUUACUAUUUCAGUUGUCAUUUAUCGUUCAGUAAUGGAUAACUCAACUGAAUAUGUAUUGAUAAUGGAUAUAUUGAUGCUGUUUAACGUUGGCUGACAAAUCCUAAGGAAUACAAUCUCUUGAACUUUGUCCUAAAAAGAUACAACAAUGUAAUAGUUACUGAUUAGACCAAGGGUCUUCAAACUUGGCAAGUUUAAGAUUUGUGGACUUCAACUCCCAGAAUUCCUGAGCUAACAUGAUUGGAGGAGGAACUUUGGGAGUUGAAGUCCACAAGUCUUAAAGUUGUCAAGUUUGAAGACCUCUGGAUUAGACUCUUUGUCCAAGGUUCUUGGAAGAAAAACAGAUUAAUAUAUGGAUCAUCUCCAAAUACAGCCGCCCACCACAUAUUAGAGCAGAUAUUUGAAGCCACUUUAAAAUACAACAGAUAGUUAAGAUCCAGGUUGUGCCAACUCCACCUUGUCUCUUAACCCCUCAUUUCAGAAAGAGACCCAGAAAUGACCCAACCUGCCCCUCAUUUGGGGAUUAUUUAGCAGGAAUCAGUCCUCUAACCAGAAGGAACUAGAAAACCAGACUUCAGUGUUUUUUGUAAUCGAGAAUGAGAAAAACUCAAACUGCUAUAACCUGUUUGUUUGUAAUUGAUUUUCAACCAGGAAGCCAGCUGGAUUGAAUUAUUCGGCCUGUCUGAGAUUGUAAUAUGAAUUAUGCCAACUUUUUGACUGAAAAUUAUAAUCCAUGCACGCUAGUCAAAAUUCACAUAGUUGACUGUAGCCUUCACCCCAUUCAUUGAGGCUGUUUUAAAAAUAAGAUGUCUUAGAGAAGAGAGAAAUUUUAUGUUUGUAAGAAUAAAAAAUGUGUAAUUUCAAUUAAGAUAAUCAGUUGGGUUCUCAGAUAUUGUGAAGAAUUUCUAAGUUGACAUGAGUAAUACUUUAUGUUGUAUGAUAAUUUAUAUGGCUACGCAGAAAAGGAAACUAAAUAUGAAUGAAAAGGUAUGGUGAAACUAUGAUGAAGGAAAAAAUGCCUAUAGAAUAUAAGCGUGUUAACUAAGAGAUUAUGCAAACUUCAGAUCGAGCAAAAGAAAGAGAAAGAAAAUGUGUGUGUGAGAGAGAGAGAGACAGACACAGAGGGAGAGAGUGAUUCUUAGAAAAUGAAGGAUCAACAAAAAAUGGAGAGUGAUAAGUUAGAAUGCAUGCAUCCUGCAAACAAAUACUUUUACUCAAGGGCAAGGUAAUUCAUAGAAUCAAAUGAAAUGGGAGCAGAAAAUAUUCUAGCAUUUGAAUUACCAAGAUUUUUUUUGGUAAUAACAAAAGGCAGGAUAUGGCAAAGACGCAAAAAUGCUACUGUAGGCUUAGAGACUUGUUACAGAGGUUUUGUAUAUGUGUGUGUGUGUGUGUGUGUGUGUGUGUGUGUGUGCGCGCGCGCGCACACGUGCGCGUGUGCGUUUUGUACAUGUAUGCAUCCCUUGAGAAUCCAGAAGAUAUAAAUUGAUGCUUCCUGUUUGGAAAACGAGAGUCAUUCUUGACUAAGAAAUAAAAAUUCCAUCACAUGGGGAAAUUUAUACAUGUUGCUUUACUUUCAUGUUACAAUGUGCAGUGUCUGUGAUAAGUAACAGUCUUAUAUUUGGAAAUCAAUGGUGUGUCCAUUUUAUAUGCUGAGACUGUGAUUGAGGGAGCUGAACUUUGAAAUCCAGUCUGAUAUUGAUCUGAUUGAAGCUGUAUUUUAAAUAUUGGCCUUGAGUGAUCCUUAAUCAGCGAUCAUAUGCUGGGCAUUGCUAUAAGUAUAAACCAUCCUUCCCUAGCCAUUCUCCCAUAGGGAUAAUGGUAUUUGUAGUCCAAUACCUUUGGGAAGAUGCCUUUGCAAUUUGACAGAAGAAUACUAUUUUGUUACAAUCAAUAUUGUUUUGAAAUGGAUUGAACACACACACACACACACAUUAUGCAAAAAGAAGAGGCAGGAAACCUAAUUUCUUGAACACUGUUAAAACCUUAAAAGGCUAACAAAUCAAUUAACACUGUCAAUGUUAAGUAUGAAUAUUAUUGCAGUUUAGCAUGCUUCCUUAAAGAAACUUGGUGGAAAGUGUUCUGGCUUUGAAACAUGAAAAUAACUUGCUAUAUUCCUCUCCUGGCCAAAAGAAAUCCCUUUCUUUUUGCCAGUAGGCCUGCAUAGCAACCUUUGGCUGUUGCCAGGAUAAACAAGAAGCACCUGUCCACAACGCUCUGAUCCUUAGAAAAGCAGUGCUUUCAAAACCAGGCAUAAUAGCCUUUAACUGAUAAGCUGACAAAUCAAAGCAAAUUCAAAAAAUAUUAGCAUUGCAAAAGGUAAUUAACUCUGUAUUAACCUGGACAGAUGCUCACGUUCAGAAUAACAUAUAAUGGCGACUGAUAGCUUUUGAUAUUGCGAUUCAGUUGUAUUCUUGCAUGUGUGUAACUAUUGUUAAAUUCAAUAGAGCUUAUUUCUGAGUAGCACAUUAAUGAUCCUAUUAAAUUGCUUCUACACAAGCGGACAUCUCAUUGCAAUGGGACUUGCCUUCCUACAACAGUGGUUUACUUCCACACCCACCUCCAGAUUCAAAGGAAUCCAUUCUACUGAUUGAUACUAUACUAUUGGUAGACUGAAAUUGCUGGGUACAUUUUUCUGAUUGUAGAAUUGAAUCAUAAAACUUCUCAGUUCUACAGCACUGUAUGAAAGGAGACAAACUGGUUAUAGGUAAAUCCCUGUCUGCAAACGGCUUUUAAAAUGGCUAUUUUUGGAAACAUUGGUGCAGAUGUUGAGCAAAACCAUCACCUGACUUACCAAUUAAAUACUAACUAAAUAUUAAGUAUCACGAGCCCUAAUGAUAAACUGAAAAUUAAAUUCUGUGGAUAUACAAUCAUGAUUUAAGAGUUAUAUUAGUGUGUAAUAUCAUCAAUAUGCUUGAAAUGCUUCUGUAAUUUUGCAGUCCAGGGACAAAC